AUGUCUUAUCAAACGCCUUUGCUUAGCCUUAAGAAGACAUUCUUUUACAAUUUUUUCCCAUCAAAAGCUGAAGAAGAAGCUUGCAAACUUAACAACACUCCACAUGUAGUGACUCGAGAACUUAUUGAGAUAAGGGACGUAUACCCUCCCCCGAAAAUAAACUUGGAAAACCCCUGGCAGAUCAAGAAAAGGAUAACCCGUGAUGAGAUCGUUUUAGGAAAGCUGGUGAUUCCAUUUUUUGAGACAUUUGAGUACAUUCUUCGAUACUGGACAUUGGAUGCAGCUAAAAGUUUGGAGAAUGGGUAUGAUGUGCCUAUUGACUUGUGGGAUUUAACUAAGGAGAUUGUCCCUAAGAAGUAUGAAGGUGAAAGUGUUUGCUUAAAGAAGUUGUACAAUGAUGACUUUUCUCUUUCAUGCAUCGAAUUGUUCAACGACCACGGAUUGGGCGAUGGUGAUGAAAUUGGGCUAUACUGGGAUCCUAGAUCUUCAAGUUUAAUGUUCAAAUUACUUUCUCAGAUCCGUGCUUAG